AUCCUAGCAGGUUACUUUUUUGUUAUAUCAGCUGAACGAUAACAAAUUUACUGAAACUACUGAAAUAAUUUAAGCCUUUUCUUUUUUAUAAAUCACUUUAAAAGAUGAAUUAUUCUGAGGAAGGUGAGAAGUUGGCCGAUCAGAGUGCAUGUGCUGGUGUCAGAGCUGAUUUGAAAAUGUGCCUUUUGCAGAGUGAUUGCUGUCGAUUGCAAAAGAAAACUCCUCGUGAAUGUCUGAACGUGACCGACGGUUCUGUCCCCACCGAAUGCCAAGUGCUCAGAAACACGUUUUUCGAAUGCAAACGAUCAAUGCUGGACAAUCGAACCAGAUUUAGAGGAAGGAAGGGCUACUAAAGAUAAAGUUGAGUUCCAGUAAAUGUAGUCGUACCUUAUUUUAAAUGAUACACAGUAGGAAAAUAUAUUUAUUUUGUUUGUUCA